CGGUGUGUGGUAACUGGUCUCCCUCACCGUCCUUCGCCUCUCUCUCCUUCGCCUCCUCCGUGGCCGACAUAUAAACCAGGGAAGCAGUAGUAAACUCAUUUCCAUCCCCCGGCGAGAGAGGAUAAUGCAGCGUGCGAGUUUGAGGGGUUCGACGGAGGCGGUGGCGAGGACCCUGCUGGUGGUGGUGGUGGUGGUGGUUGCUGGUGGUGGAGGUGGAGGGGUGGAGGCCGCACACCGUUCAGCUCGACAACUGUUCCCUACGUCCCGGCCCGACUGCGCGAACAACCUGCCUUGCAUCCCCGUCCGAGAAUGUCCUUUCGUCCUCAACAUCCUCGCCAACCCGACACCAGAGGGCUUCAGGCAGCUCCGGCAAAGUCUCUGUGGCUUUGAAGGACGGAUCCCCCUGACCUGUUGUCCUGAUGCCGUCGGGACAGCCACCACACCCACCCCAACACCCCGCCCGACCGUCAGCCCCACUAGACCCACCUCAGGCUCUCCGAUACAAAACCCGACCCCUCCACCCACCCCCGCACCGCAGCCCACCCCUAGGCCAUCCACGGCGGCCCCCUCUCAGCCCCAAGCAGGCGAAGCUUUGCUCCCUCCCGCGGGCCAGUGUGGUCUGUCCUCAGCCGGCCAGACCAGGAUCUUCUUCGGGGAGAGUAGCCCACUUGGAGCCUACCCGUGGAUAGCUCUCUUCGGCUACACCUCUCGCUUCAACCCCGAGGUGGUCUGGGGCUGCGGCGGCUCGCUCAUCAACUCCCGUUACGUGGUCACCGCCGGCCACUGCACCGCGCGGGAGUUCACAUUCAAUAGAGACCUCACUGUGAUCCGUAUCGGCGAGCAUAACAUCACAUCAGAGGUUGACUGUGAGAACCGCGGUGGCCGGAGAGUCUGCGCCCCUCCCAUCCAGGCGUUUAGGCCGGUGGAGGUGACGCGGCACGAGACCUUCAACACGCGAGGCACCGUGAGUGACGACAUUGCCCUCAUCAGACUGGACAGGGAUGUGACGUUCAAUGCUUUCGUGGUUCCCGUCUGCCUGCCACCCGCCACCAUGGACCUCGGCAGCUUCCUCGGGGGUCGGCAAGCAUUCGUGGCAGGCUGGGGCGCUACCGAGAGGGGCCCCGACACACAGGUCCUGCAACAAGUUCGAGUCCCGUUCGUGACCAGAGAUGUGUGUAACCCGCACUACAACAACGCCUUACUGACGGAACAGGUCUGCUUCGGAGGUGACGGCCAACGCGAUUCCUGCUUCGGCGAUUCUGGCGGCCCCGUCGUGUCUCCUGUACAAGGGGGCGGCGCCUUCAUGUUGCUCGCCCUGGUGUCGUUCGGUCAGCCGUCCUGCGGGGUGGUGGGGGUGCCCGCUGUCUACACCUCCGUCGCCGCCUACAGAGGAUGGAUACUGAACAACAUGAAGCCUUAAUGUACCCCCCCCCCCCCCUCUCUCUCUCUCUCUCUCUCUCUCUCUCUCUCUCGACCUCAAUGUAAGACCUCAUUAGUUAGUAUAUUUUUCGCCCCGCCCACUGCAAGAAAGAAAACGGAGUGAGAACGGAAGUGACGUCAUGAACCCAAACAAAUGACGUCAUAGAUAUCACGGUUCGGUGGAUGACGUGACUUUCUAUUGAGUAUGUGUGUGUGUGUGUGUGUGUGUGUGUGUGUGUGUGUGUGUUAUUUUCGUUCUCUUGUUGUUAUUUAUGUAGACGGUGACUUUUGUUUUCCAUUGUGUGUGUGUGUGUGUGUGUGUGUGUGUGUGACCUAGAAUGCAUGUAUCUUUCUUUCCUUCCUGCUUCCUGUGUCCCAGUUUUCCUUUUUUUCCUGUCCUUUAUUUUCCUCUAUCAUCUUUUUUUUAUUCUCCGUUCAUCAUUGCUCUCCUUCCUUCCCUUCAUUUUCAUUUCCUUUCUUUUAUCACAUUCUUCAUCACUUUUCAUUUUUUCUGUCCUCCAUAUAUCAUCAUUUUUCUUUCUUUCCUUCCUCUCUUCCGUUCAUUCCCUCCCUUCAUUUCUUCCCUUCCUCUCUUCCCUUCAUUUCUUCCCUUAUUCUCUUCCCUUCAUUUUCUCCCUUCAUUUCUUCCCUUCAUUUCUAAUUCAUUAAUCAUAUAACAAAAAAAUGUGAUGAAACUCGUAUAGCAGGAGUGUAAAAUACAAGAUGAACAUUUGUAUACCUUUAAAACCAACCGUGUGUGUGUGUGUGUGUGUGUGUGUAAGAGAGACUUCGACACGUUAACUCGGUGCUUCGAAACGCUUUUCUUAUAUGUAACUGCUUCGUCUUCACUCCAGUGCUUCACGAACUUUAUAUAGACAACCUUUUUUGUUUGUGUAGAUAAUUUAUUCUAAUUUAAUAAAGACUCCAAGAAAACCAGUGGAAAAUAAUGUAAAA